AUGAUGAUGAUGAUGAUGAUGAUGAUGAUGAUGAUGAUGAUGAUGAUGAUGAUGAUGAUGAUGAUGAUGAUGAUGAUGAUGAUGAUGAUGAUGAUGAUGAUGAUGAUGAUGAUGAUGAUGAUGAUGAUGAUGAUGAUGAUGAUGAUGAUGAUGAUGAUGAUGAUGAUGAUGAUGAUGAUGAUGAUGAUGAUGAUGAUGAUGAUGAUGAUGAUGAUGAUGAUGAUGAUGAUGAUGAUGAUGAUGAUGAUGAUGAUGAUGAUGAUGAUGAUGAUGAUGAUGAUGAUGAUGAUGAUGAUGAUGAUGAUGAUGAUGAUGAUGAUGAUGAUGAUGAUGAUGAUGAUGAUGAUGAUGAUGAUGAUGAUGAUGAUGAUGAUGAUGAUGAUGAUGAUGAUGAUGAUGAUGAUGAUGAUGAUGAUGAUGAUGAUGAUGAUGAUGAUGAUGAUGAUGAUGAUGAUGAUGAUGAUGAUGAUGAUGAUGAUGAUGAUGAUGAUGAUGAUGAUGAUGAUGAUGAUGAUGAUGAUGAUGAUGAUGAUGAUGAUGAUGAUGAUGAUGAUGAUGAUGAUGAUGAUGAUGAUGAUGAUGAUGAUGAUGAUGAUGAUGAUGAUGAUGAUGAUGAUGAUGAUGAUGAUGAUGAUGAUGAUGAUGAUGAUGAUGAUGAUGAUGAUGAUGAUGAUGAUGAUGAUGAUGAUGAUGAUGAUGAUGAUGAUGAUGAUGAUGAUGAUGAUGAUGAUGAUGAUGAUGAUGAUGAUGAUGAUGAUGAUGAUGAUGAUGAUGAUGAUGAUGAUGAUGAUGAUGAUGAUGAUGAUGAUGAUGAUGAUGAUGAUGAUGAUGAUGAUGAUGAUGAUGAUGAUGAUGAUGAUGAUGAUGAUGAUGAUGAUGAUGAUGAUGAUGAUGAUGAUGAUGAUGAUGAUGAUGAUGAUGAUGAUGAUGAUGAUGAUGAUGAUGAUGAUGAUGAUGAUGAUGAUGAUGAUGAUGAUGAUGAUGAUGAUGAUGAUGAUGAUGAUGAUGAUGAUGAUGAUGAUGAUGAUGAUGAUGAUGAUGAUGAUGAUGAUGAUGAUGAUGAUGAUGAUGAUGAUGAUGAUGAUGAUGAUGAUGAUGAUGAUGAUGAUGAUGAUGAUGAUGAUGAUGAUGAUGAUGAUGAUGAUGAUGAUGAUGAUGAUGAUGAUGAUGAUGAUGAUGAUGAUGAUGAUGAUGAUGAUGAUGAUGAUGAUGAUGAUGAUGAUGAUGAUGAUGAUGAUGAUGAUGAUGAUGAUGAUGAUGAUGAUGAUGAUGAUGAUGAUGAUGAUGAUGAUGAUGAUGAUGAUGAUGAUGAUGAUGAUGAUGAUGAUGAUGAUGAUGAUGAUGAUGAUGAUGAUGAUGAUGAUGAUGAUGAUGAUGAUGAUGAUGAUGAUGAUGAUGAUGAUGAUGAUGAUGAUGAUGAUGAUGAUGAUGAUGAUGAUGAUGAUGAUGAUGAUGAUGAUGAUGAUGAUGAUGAUGAUGAUGAUGAUGAUGAUGAUGAUGAUGAUGAUGAUGAUGAUGAUGAUGAUGAUGAUGAUGAUGAUGAUGAUGAUGAUGAUGAUGAUGAUGAUGAUGAUGAUGAUGAUGAUGAUGAUGAUGAUGAUGAUGAUGAUGAUGAUGAUGAUGAUGAUGAUGAUGAUGAUGAUGAUGAUGAUGAUGAUGAUGAUGAUGAUGAUGAUGAUGAUGAUGAUGAUGAUGAUGAUGAUGAUGAUGAUGAUGAUGAUGAUGAUGAUGAUGAUGAUGAUGAUGAUGAUGAUGAUGAUGAUGAUGAUGAUGAUGAUGAUGAUGAUGAUGAUGAUGAUGAUGAUGAUGAUGAUGAUGAUGAUGAUGAUGAUGAUGAUGAUGAUGAUGAUGAUGAUGAUGAUGAUGAUGAUGAUGAUGAUGAUGAUGAUGAUGAUGAUGAUGAUGAUGAUGAUGAUGAUGAUGAUGAUGAUGAUGAUGAUGAUGAUGAUGAUGAUGAUGAUGAUGAUGAUGAUGAUGAUGAUGAUGAUGAUGAUGAUGAUGAUGAUGAUGAUGAUGAUGAUGAUGAUGAUGAUGAUGAUGAUGAUGAUGAUGAUGAUGAUGAUGAUGAUGAUGAUGAUGAUGAUGAUGAUGAUGAUGAUGAUGAUGAUGAUGAUGAUGAUGAUGAUGAUGAUGAUGAUGAUGAUGAUGAUGAUGAUGAUGAUGAUGAUGAUGAUGAUGAUGAUGAUGAUGAUGAUGAUGAUGAUGAUGAUGAUGAUGAUGAUGAUGAUGAUGAUGAUGAUGAUGAUGAUGAUGAUGAUGAUGAUGAUGAUGAUGAUGAUGAUGAUGAUGAUGAUGAUGAUGAUGAUGAUGAUGAUGAUGAUGAUGAUGAUGAUGAUGAUGAUGAUGAUGAUGAUGAUGAUGAUGAUGAUGAUGAUGAUGAUGAUGAUGAUGAUGAUGAUGAUGAUGAUGAUGAUGAUGAUGAUGAUGAUGAUGAUGAUGAUGAUGAUGAUGAUGAUGAUGAUGAUGAUGAUGAUGAUGAUGAUGAUGAUGAUGAUGAUGAUGAUGAUGAUGAUGAUGAUGAUGAUGAUGAUGAUGAUGAUGAUGAUGAUGAUGAUGAUGAUGAUGAUGAUGAUGAUGAUGAUGAUGAUGAUGAUGAUGAUGAUGAUGAUGAUGAUGAUGAUGAUGAUGAUGAUGAUGAUGAUGAUGAUGAUGAUGAUGAUGAUGAUGAUGAUGAUGAUGAUGAUGAUGAUGAUGAUGAUGAUGAUGAUGAUGAUGAUGAUGAUGAUGAUGAUGAUGAUGAUGAUGAUGAUGAUGAUGAUGAUGAUGAUGAUGAUGAUGAUGAUGAUGAUGAUGAUGAUGAUGAUGAUGAUGAUGAUGAUGAUGAUGAUGAUGAUGAUGAUGAUGAUGAUGAUGAUGAUGAUGAUGAUGAUGAUGAUGAUGAUGAUGAUGAUGAUGAUGAUGAUGAUGAUGAUGAUGAUGAUGAUGAUGAUGAUGAUGAUGAUGAUGAUGAUGAUGAUGAUGAUGAUGAUGAUGAUGAUGAUGAUGAUGAUGAUGAUGAUGAUGAUGAUGAUGAUGAUGAUGAUGAUGAUGAUGAUGAUGAUGAUGAUGAUGAUGAUGAUGAUGAUGAUGAUGAUGAUGAUGAUGAUGAUGAUGAUGAUGAUGAUGAUGAUGAUGAUGAUGAUGAUGAUGAUGAUGAUGAUGAUGAUGAUGAGAUGA